AUGACGAAAAGCAGAGUCGUGUUUCUCGAUGACACGGAGGCAGAGGUCGACGUUCUUGUGUUCUGCACUGGUUUUCUAACCCACUUCCCAUUUCUAUCCGAGGACAUCGUCAAGGUAAAGUCUGAACGUAUCACCCCACUGUACAAGCACAUCGUACACAUUAAAUUCAGCACUCUGCUCUUUGUGGGUAUUCCUCGACUACUAUCCUAUUUUCCACAAAAUUUCGAGAUAGCAAAAGUAGUAGUUGCCAUUUUGGACGGUACUGUCGCGUUACCUCCAGAGGAUAAGAUGAUAGAAGAUGCUGAAAAUGAUUUCGCUGACAGAAAACGAGAGGGACUUGAUGACACCAAAGCUCAUUUUAUGGGAGAUGGGGAUCGCCAAUGGCGUUUCAAUAAGGAUAUAGCUAAAAUGGCUGGACUUGAUCCACUCCCUACUGCCUUUCAACGUAUCUGGGACUAUGUUACGAUUCAAAGACAGACAAAGUUCCUCACUUUCCGUAAACAAAACUUUGAAAUUACUGAUACCGAGACAUUUGUAACAAUAAACUGA